CCAGCCGAAGCCACCAUGCGCAGGUCCAGCACUGAUGAGUCGACAUACCACAGGAGCCCUUCCCUGGACAGCAAGGAUUACAGUUUCCCAAAUGGCGCCUUCCGUCGCUACAGCAGCAUGUAUGGCGGCCAGUUUGGGGCAGCCAGCAACUCUUUUUUUGGAUUCCAUACCAACCCGGGCCCUAAGGCCACCAAGGCUAAGUACACGUCCCCCAAGGGAAACAAGUACGUUGUCUUUUACCUGGAUCUCUCAUUUAUUUUUCUCCUAGAACUGAAGAGGUGCAGCAUGGCUCACAACUGCCUGCAGUGUAUCAAGUACCUAAUGUUUGUCUUCAACCUUCUCUUCUGGUUGGGAGGCUGUGGAAUCCUUGGAGUGGGCAUCUGGCUGGCUGUUACCCAAGGGAACUUUGCCACCCUCUCCUCAUCUUUCCCAUCCCUGUCGGCUGCCAACCUACUGAUUGUCACAGGGACUUUUGUCAUGAUCAUUGGCUUCGUGGGCUGCAUAGGUGCCAUCAAAGAAAACAAGUGCCUCCUGCUGAGUUUUUUUAUCAUGCUGUUAAUUAUAUUUCUGUUGGAGCUCACUGUUGUGGUUCUGUUCUUCGUCUACACAGACAAGAUUGACAAGUAUGCUCAGCGUGAUCUGAAGAAAGGGCUUCAUUUGUAUGGGACAGAUGGAAACAUUGGCCUAACUAAUGCAUGGAGCAUCAUUCAAACAGAUUUCAGAUGCUGUGGAGUCUCCAACUACACUGACUGGUUCGAAGUGUACAAUACGACCCGGGUGCCAGACUCCUGCUGCUUGGAAUUCAGCGAGAACUGUGGGCUCCAUUCCCCAGGGACCUGGUGGAAAGCGCCUUGCUACGAAACGGUGAAAAUAUGGCUCCAGGAAAACUUACUAGCAGUGGGAAUCUUCGGAUUGUGCACAGCUCUGGUGCAGAUUCUUGGACUCACCUUUGCAAUGACCAUGUAUUGUCAGGUAGUCAAGGCAGACACCUACUGUGCAUAGAUACCAUUCCCAAUCUUUCUGCUUCUCCUCCAAAGGACACAGGAGAAAUCUCCUUCAUGCUCAUUCAUCUGACCUUCCCCCCCCCCUCUUUGUACUAUAAACUGUGUAUAAUGCUAUCUUUCUGAAGAUUUUGUGAAUCACCCCAUUUUACUGAAGGAGGAAGAAAAGAAAGUCAGUACUUGAACUGGCACAGGUAAGAAGCAGCCUUGGCUUUAAACAGAAGAAAACCUCCAACAGCGAUGGUUCCUUUUCUGGGGCCUAUGGAAGGCAAAGGAGGCUGCAAACGAGGGGCUGAUCUGCAAACCCAUGUUAAGAAAAGAUUGCAGUGGCGCAACCUCUGUGAAACCUGCCAGGUUGCCUUCCAGCAUUUCGGAGUCUGGAAGAGAGGGUGUAGAAAACGUGCAUUCUUCAGCAUGGAAAGAAGGUACAGAGUAGCUAGCACUGAACGCAACUGUAAUUUCACUACAGUUUGCACACAGCUAAAAUGUCAAGAGCAACCAGCCUUUCCUCCAAGUGUCUCAAGAUGAUUUUGUAGCCAGGAGAGGAUUAUCUUCAGAAAUGCUAUUUUAAAGGAGUAUUUUUAAUUUCAUGUGCUGCAAAGUCAGGCUUUUAAUCAGAAUCUGUACAGUGAGAUCUGGCUGUUAAGGGAAAACAAUAUUGGACACUGUCUCACUUAUUAAUUGCCAGUGGCAUAUAGGUGAUAGUUGACUGAAUAUGUAAUACAUAUUACAUUCAUAUACAUACUGUUCUGAAAGGAGGUGAAAAUAACCAGCAUCUAACCUCAGAAAGAGGGAACCUUUCUAUCCCAUUUUACAUUCCAACUGAAAUAACCAAGUACUAUUUCUUGUAGGAGGCACUAUCACUUAUACCUCUGGGAAACAAGUAAUUACUUUCAGCUGUAUCUUCAUUUCAGUAAACAACUUGUGAGUGGGCUCCUCUGUCAUUCUACUAUGAUUUUAUUUUUUAUCAUCUCUGUUUCAAGUUAGUCUGCCAAAAAAAAUCACUCAUUUCCACACUCGAAGAUUUGUACAAUGCUGUCAGCUAUUCCUUCCCUCAAUGUCACCAUUUCAUUAAUUUACUCUAGAAUAUCAUUGUCUGCAGGUAUGAUAGAGUUUGCCUUGCUAAGGAAAAAAUCUUUGCACAUUGCUCAUCUUUCCAAGAGUUAUUAAGACUUCAGAUGUUUUUAUGCUUGGCAGUUUUUUCCAGCUGUGUGCUUACAACAGCCAAGGCAUAUCAGUAUUUGUUAGAAAUGGAGUCACCUCUCAGUUCUGCUUUUCGCAGCCAUCUCCCUCCUACUGGUUUCAAAGGCUGAUGGCUAGAACAUGCCCCACACUUCCUGGAAUUUGCAGAAAUCAAAGUCAGUACUUUCCUUUUGCCAGGAAACAGCCACCAGUUGUCUGAUUCUCCACCCUACAUCGGUAACUGAAGUAAUUAAUGUAGUACCUUUCUGCAUGAACCUUCCACUGUCUAAGAAUCUCAUGCUUCCUACUGCUCAAACAAACUGCCAACAAUUCCCCAUGAGCAAGCAGCCCCAGGUAAUGUACAUGUGGCAGGGAGAGGCUGAAGCACCCUGGGGAAAGGAGAUAGCGAACAGGCUAGCACAGCAAUGCAGCUGGCCUGCUCCCCACAGCAGCCUUUUGAGGACCUAAGCUACAGCCAGCACCCUGGGGAGACAACCUCAGUGCCCUCUUUUCACAGAAAGCCCUGUGCAGUCAUUCUUACUGGGACAGACUAGAAGCACCUUUAGUGCUUACAACAGCAUGUCUCGGCUACAAGUGAAUUUUGCUUACCCUGAUUUAAAGGCAAUUUCCAGCAGUAAAGCUGGCCUUGCCACCCCGCGACCUGUUGAAGUCUCUCCUUAACACUAGUCAGUAACCCCCCUCCCCUGGGCCUGCAGUGCUCACUUAUGCCCGUUUUACACAUCAAUACCUGUAGCAUGGGGUAUUUAAUUGUGCAAGCUAAGUUCAAAGUAACACGUUACUUGUGUGCAUUUUGUGCAGCUUCCCAAUCACUUCUCUCACAGCAACCUCACCACCACUAAAUAAUUUUAUUGCCAUGCCAACAAGCCACAAAUGUUAACAGACUUCAACCCAUGACAGAGGUUAAACUGAGCGAGUAGCCCACAAUACACAGGUGACCUGUGCCUUGAGCAGAAGACUUACUCUCAGUGUUGUAAUCACCAUGGUCUCAAUGCUCUCUGCUCCUUGAGCCCAGGGUAACCCAUCAACAAUCAUGCUCUUGGAGAGAUGGGAGAAGUUUGUUCCUUUCCUCUCUCCAUGUUUCUUACCUGCACAGAAACAGUUCCAGGUUAGAGGUAUCAUUAGUGCGAGUUUUUGCCACGCUUCAUAGUUUGUACUCACAGGUGCUCCUGCUGACAGCUCUGCAUUUCCACCACUGAAAAGCUGCAUAGCAGAAUGAUGAACACAAUUGUAAAACACUGAUUUUUUAAGAAAGACAAAAGGUAGACUAGUCUAUUCAUAGUGAUCUCUGCCAUUAAAAACUAACAGAGUGCAAUCCUGAUGGCUUUGGUGAUGAGAGCAAACCAUUGUGCAGCAGAACUCCCACAUGGGGCAACUCUCAUCAGUUUGCCUGGUGGUGGUGAAGGGAGACGACAGAGUACAACCCUCAUCCUGUGAGUAUCCCAGUAAUACACACUGAACCCUUAGAGCAGACUGCCAGACUUCAGCUACACCUACAGAGUAGUAAUAAUAAAAGAAACCAAUGCAGAUGAGACAUCACACAUUCUGGUUCUCUCUAAUCAUUUGCCACAGUUCAAGCAUCCUUACAACAAGAUAAACAGCCUUGGUUUUUCAAAGAUACGAUCUAGCGGCAGUAUGAGCAGCACUCACUUUGUAAAUCCCAGUCAUUGCAACAGCACCAUUCAGCAGCAACUACUGAAGAGAAAAACAAACUGCCAACAGAGAUGCUAGUGCAACUUACUGAUAGUUUGCGCUGGACCAUUUUCUAUAUUUGAUGUCAGUAACUCUCUUUACACAAGCCAAACAGAUGUUACGGUGCUUAAAGCAUUACCAGCACAAUCCAGUUUCAAACCUCUGAACAUACUGAAUAUAACAAGAAUCAGCUUUAACAUAUUUUCUUUCUAAAAGCAUUGCAUCUUUCUCCCCUGAGGUCAGACUGUUUUGUGAUGUUUAACAGCAGCAUUUUUUUCUAAGCAACAACAAAAAAUAGUUCCAUUUUAUGCAUAAAACUUGACAUUGAACUGGUUGCUUAUAAUCACCCCGUAGUACAUUCAAAAUGGUGCUCAUACUGUAUUUAUGCAGAGCACCCCAGAAGUCAUUCCAGUUGCUUCCAUUAGUGUUUUUGUCACUUUUAGUAAGGCCUUUUAGAUUACUUCCACUUAUUUUUAAAUGUGAAGAAAGACUCAAUACAUUUAAAGACAGAACCAAAGGUAACAAAUAGAGUGAAGCAGAGAACUCCCAAUUUACACCCAUUGCUCUUUCUGCUUAAUAACAAGAUGUGAAAGCAUAGGGCACACAGCUGGACCUACUGAAUUCAGCAAGGUCUGGAUUCAGCUUUUAGAUUCAGUCCAAUAUACUUCUGGCUUUUCAUCUUCACAAUUAUAAGAAUAUAUGUAUUUAAUAGAAUGUGUUUUAUUUUCCUGUACAGUAAUUGUCAGCAGCAGCCAAAUCUUACUGCUUGUACCACAGAAUUAUUUAGCUCUACAUAUUAUAGUGCACAAUCACUGAAAUUCACUCCAGUUUCUGUUCUGUGAACAUUUCUUCACUCCUCCUCCUCAAAUAAUAUAAACUUGUAAAGGUUUAUUCUUCCAUUUAAUAGCUACCAUUUGAAUGCAGCGUUAUAUGAUUUGUAAUAUGGAAAGGAAGGAAAUGCACCGAAGUUGUAAAAACAUUACCUAGCAUCAGUAAUAGGGCCGCUAUGUGAAUCCACCCACCCCUCUCACAAGCUAAUUAAAAAUUGGUUCUAUUUUUCAAUGCAUGUGGCUCCAGGCUGCUUCCUCCCAUUCACAGACAGGACAGGAGGUUGUCAGCAUGGACAAAGUUACUGCCCUGCACUUCACACUUGGCUUCAUUGUUGUGCUAUAAGUGUGGCACCAAAGGUAAGCAGGGAAAAGAAAGCCGAUUGUGGCAUUUAUUUUAAAACCAGACACUUUAUUACCUUUGUCCACAAGAAUUCGUGCUAAGUGUGAAUGAUCUUCGUAGACACUGAGUUAGGCAAUUCACUGUAAGAAAACAAGUCAGGACUCGCCCUGGGAAAUUUUGUUUGGAUUCCAUUAUGAAUUCUCUUAGAGCGUCACCUGUGUCUUACCGCAGUGGGCAGGUCUCCUCAGUUCCUUGGAUUUUGUCACUGCAACUAUGAUAAUACAUUUUUGUGCAUUCAUAUAAAGAACAAAAUUUAAAAUAUACAUUUUAUUUUUAAAAAAUUAUUAAAUAUUCUUUAAAGUUUA